AUGUGUGUGUGUGUGUGUGGUGUUGUGUGUGUUGCAGAGCUGCUGAGAGAAGCCAUGAAGUUAACAGAGUGUGAACAGGCUGGCUUGUCCAUGGCGCUCCAGAGAGACAGCCACGUGAAGCAGCAGCGGCUUAUUGAGGAGAAGUGGAAGAGGACCAGACAGGAGGGCAAUCCCAUGGUCCUCCUGAGCCACCCUCUACCCGACCACCCCGGCCUCGUGACCAACGACCCCCGCCACCCAGAGAGGGAGUACGACACCUGGCUGUACCUCCUGAAGAACAAGGGCUCCCCCCCUCCCCCCACACCCUGCCCCGGCAGCAAGGCCCACAAGGAUGAUAAGACCCGUCUGGAGGAGCAGCAGACCACCAUCGCCAGCCUGCGGCGCCACAUAGACGUUCUGCUGGGAGAGAACGAGAAACUGACCCAGGACAACAAGCGCCUGCGAGGGGAGAACAUCCGGCUGAAGAGGGAUGCCACGGACACAGACUUACUGGAGAAAUCAGAGCUGUGGGUUCUUCCCCAGUCAGAGGAGAGGAGGAACAAGGACAUCUCCAUACCUAACCUGCCCCCUCUGGAGAUGCCCACCCAGGACAUCUCUCUGGACGACCUGCCUGCCCUGGAGCUCCCCGAGGACAUCCAGCACGAACUGCAGGCGCUGCUGGACAGAGACGACAAGCUGUGAUGAGACAGGCGGACAGACAACCCAGUACUAACUAACUAAAGGACGCCUCUCUACACACUGGACUGGAAGGAAGCUGGCAAAUCUCAAUAAAAGUGUUUGAUUGGUCGGUGGCCUCAGGCACUAGAUAGCAACCACAAAUGGUCACCGUGACAAGUUGGUAAAGGUCAUUUCUCCUAGUUCUGUCUGUCUCCUCAGUGUCUCUACUAGUGGGUACUACAUCUCGUACACACACACACACACACACACACACACACACACACACACACACACACACACAAACAAACUCUUUGCAGAAAUUGUGCCUUUGAAAAUGUCUGAAAUGAAGUCAAAAGGGAGGUGACCAUCAUCAGUGAUCUCCCUGCUUUGAUAACAGGCCUCUAUAUCUGGAGGCCCUGAUUGGUCGACUGGGACGACCUGCUGACCCUCUGAUACCCACCAGGGACGACCCGCUGACCCUCUGAUACCCACCAGGGACGACCCGCUGACCCUCUGAUACCCACCAGGGACGACCCGCUGACCCUCUGAUACCCACCAGGGACGACCCGCUGACCCUCUGAUACCCACCAGGGACGACCCGCUGACCCUCUGAUACCCACCAGGGACGACCCUCUGAUACCCACCAGGGACGACCUACUGACCCUCUGACCCUCUGAUCUACAUCCAUAGUGUGUGAGUGUUGUUGUGUUGUUGUGUUGAGCCCCACCAGCUGUCUGCCAGAUGUCUGAUGGGAGAGUCAGGCUGCAGAAUACCAGGAACUUUAAAUUAAUUCCCUGGUUUUCCAGAAAACCUGGUUGGAUGCUUCCGGAUUCUCUGCUUUUUCCCGGGAAACUUCCAAACCAGGAUUUCUGUAAAACUAGGUCAUUUAUUGGAAGGUUCCCGGAAUUCUUGCAGCCCUAGUAGAGAAGAGUAUCACUGAGUGAACCUGCAGUUUAAAUCCUCUCUCCUUCAUCCCCUCUUCAUCCUCAUCAUUUUUUACCACCAACCUGUGAAUGGUGAAGUUUAGAUGUUAAAGCUGAAUGGUGAAGUUUAGAUGUUAAAGCUGAAUGGUGAAGUUUAGAUGUUAAAGCUGAAUGGUGUUUGUCCUUCAGCCCUUCAAUGCAACGUUUGUUUCUUAAUAAAUGAAAACAAGCGUA